GAGGAGAUGACGGGCCACACCGUGGAGGACAUACCUGAUACAGGAGCCGUCUUCACGUUCGGGAGGAGCAGCUUUGCCCUGAAUGUGCCAAGCAAAUUCUGGCUGAAGAAUGACCGUCCAGGGCAGAUUUCCUGCGGGGCAGAGCACACUGCCGUCGUCACAGAAAACGGGCGGCUGGUCGUGUUUGGUAGUAAUACACACGGCCAACUGGGACUGGGAUUCAAACCGGCCACCAGCAAACCCGCUUCUGUUAAAGCCUUCAGGUCUGAGAAAGUGAAGCUGGUGGCUUGUGGGAGAGAUCACACAAUAAUUUGCACAUAUGGAGGCGGUGUGUACGGCGCGGGCAGUAACCGGGACGGCCAGCUGGGUCUGGGCCACUGCAGCAGCACCUCGUCCUUUCACCCGCUGCGCCCUUUCUGUGGCCGGACCCCCAUCAAAAUGCUCUCUGCAGGAUGCAGCACCUCGGCCGCCUUAACGGAGGAUGGUCGGCUGUUCAUGUGGGGAGACAACUCGGCGGGCCAGAUUGGUUUAGGAGGCGAGGGCUUCGCGGCAGAACCCAGACAGGUGGACGUUGGCGAGGCGGUGACGUGGGUCUCCUGUGGGUAUCGCCACUCGGCUCUGGUCACAGCGACGGGCCACCUCUACACAUUCGGAGAGAGUGCGAAUGGAAGACUCGGUCUCCGGGAGGAGCAGCUGUCUCUUCACAGGGUCCCUCAGCAGGUGCAGGGCAUUGUGGGUCGUGUCAGCCGGGUGUGCUGCGGAGGGGCGCACACCGUGGCGCUCACUGGCUCAGACCUGUACACGUUCGGCAGGGGUCAGUACGGCCAGCUGGGCCACGGGACCUUCCUGUUUGAGGUUGAUUCGCCAAAAGCCCUGGAGCACUUUGGCGACGGCAGCGUCAGGCAUGUGGCGUGUGGAGAGAACCACACGGCCGUGAUCACACACGGCGGACUGCUCUACACCUUUGGAGACGGACGUCAUGGAAAACUGGGGUUCGGAGAGGAAAACUUCAUCAACCAGUUCAGCCCGACGCUCUGCACUCGUUUUCUCCAGUACGACGUUCAGGCAGUGUCCUGCGGCGGUCACCACAUGCUGGUCGUGGCUGCACCCCGACGUCCACACAGUGGGGACGUGGUGCCGGAGAAAGACGGGGGCGAGCAAGAUGAUGAAAGUGAAGAAGAGGAAAAAAGUGAGGAAGAAGAGGAAUCCACAGAAGAUGAGGAGGAAGCUGCAGAGAGCGAUGACAAGGAAAGUAGUGAUGAGGAAGAGGAGGAGGAGGAGGAGGGCGGCACGGGAGAUGAAGAUGAAGACCAAGAUGCCGAGGAAGAGAGUGAAGAAGACGAGGCUGAGGAAGAUUCUGAAGAAGACGAAGGGGAAGAUGAUGAGGAUGAAGGGGAAGAACAGGAGGCUGAGGAAGAUAAAGAAGAGGAAGAGAAUGAAGAAGAGGAGGCUGAGGAAGAUGAUGAAGAGGGCGAGGACGAAGAUGAAGAGGAGGGAAAUGAAGAGGAGGAGGCUGAGGAGGAUGACGAAGACAAAGGGGAGGAAAAUGAUGAAGAGGAGGAAGAAGGUGAAGAGGAGGAAAAUGAAGAAGAGGAGGCUGAGGAAGAUGAAGAGGAAGAGGAGGCUGAAAGCAGUGAAGAUGAGGAAGAUGAGGAAGAGGAAGUCAGUGAUGAAGAAGAGGAAAGUAAGGAAAACACUGAGGAGGAAGAGGAGGAGGAAGAGGAGAAGGUCAGGCCGGACAGAGCAGCGCAGCAGAGCAGGCAGAAGGCUGCUCUGGACGCCGCUCCCACGCCGGCGCCGAGGACCAAGCCGCGGCCGGCGGGUCGGAGCCGGGCCGGCGGACCGCAGCAGUUCUGGAACGACGUGCUGCCGCAGUACCUGGACCUGCAGUGA